AUGGAGGCCCAUGGUUCAUCUGCCACUUUAGACUUCCUCCCAGUUCAGUUUGGCCGGGAAAAAAAACCAAAAAACAAAAAACAACACUGGCUCGACCCUUUGCGCACGCGCAAAACGGCGGACAGGGCCGAAAUUUUCGCCUCCCGGCAGUGUCGCGGUAGUCUCGCGGUAUUUGCUUAUCCCGCGGGAGUUCUUUUGAACGCUCUGGCGGUAACCCCGCCCUGGGUGCUCAGCGGCGGGCGGACCCGAGCCGGAGGCGGAUUUGGAGUCUGGUCCCGCAGUCUGUCGGGGCCGCAGUACCCCUGUGCGGACGAAGCUCGUCCCAGCCAAGUCACGGCGCCAUGGGGGCGGAGAAGAAGCUGCUGUCGGUUAAGGAGGCCUUUCCACUGGCGCAGCAGCCGCACCAAGAACCAGGCGAAGUUCGAGGUGGCGCUGAGCCGCACCUACUGCAAGGGAAGAAAGCCAUUCUGUACCACUGUGGCACCUAAGCUCAUGAUGAUGAUCAGCACACGGGACCCCGAGGAUGAACGGGAGAACCACAGUGGCUCGUUUGUCAUGCGAGGCAGCAGCCUAGCUACAGUGGGAGAGAAUCUGCUCCUGAGCAUGUCAGAAACAUCCCUGGGGAGUCCAAAGUUCUUGGUAGCAAUGGUGGAUUUUGCUAAAGCUGCAGUUCCUGCACCUGCUGGAGGAGCCAUGAAUCGUUAAGGUUCUUAUGUUAACGAUAUUGUGACCUCCUUUGUACCUGUGGGCUCUUGGGGAGAUAUGGUUAUAUAAAGAUGAACAAAAGUGUCCCUACUUUCUAUCUUUUUUAAUUUAUUUUUAAAAUAUAUUUUGAGAUAUAGAUAGAAUGAGAGCAGGGGAGGAGCAGAGAAAGAGAG